AUGGUGGCAUUCGCCCUCAGACAGUCUGUUCCUCGGCGCAUCGCGCAGCUCCAUUUGGGUGCCGUUGCCAUCAAAUCGGCGGUAGAGAAGUCAGGGAUCCCCGUCUCCAAAAUCACCGAUGUCUAUAUGGGACACGUCCUCCAGGGCUCCGCGGGCCAGGCCCCCGCCCGCCAAGCUGCCAUCUUUGCCGGCCUCUCCUCCGGGGUGGAGGCCGUUACCGUCAACAAAGUCUGCGCCUCGGGCCUCAAGGCCGUCGUCCUGGCCGCCCAGAACAUUCAGCUCGGGCUUGCGGAAGCUCAAGUUGCGGGCGGCAUGGAGAAUAUGUCACAGGUUCCCUACUACCUUCCCCGGUCGAGUAGUCUUCCGGCCUUUGGCAACAUCAAGCUGGAGGAUGGCUUGAUCAAGGACGGCUUGACCGACGUCUACGACCAGAUCCACAUGGGCAACUGCGCCGAGAACACUGCGAAGAAGUACGAAAUUACCCGGGAGAUGCAGGACGAAUACGCCAUCGAGUCGUACAAGCGCGCUCAGGCGGCCUGGGCCCGGGGCGCUUUCAAGGAGGAAAUUGCCCCCGUCACGGUGAAGAACAGGAAGGGAGAGGUCGUCAUCGACACCGAUGAGGGCUACCUGGAUGUCAAGUUCGAAAAGGUGCCUACCUUGAAGCCCGCCUUCAUCAGAGACGGCACCGGUACCGUCACCGCUGCCAACGCAUCGACCUUCAACGACGGCGCAAGCGCCCUCGUCCUCGGUAACAAGGCCCUUGCGCAAGAGUACGGCGCUCAGUCCAGGGUCCUCGCCAAGAUUUGCGGUCACGCUGAUGCUGCCGUCGACCCCAUUGAUUUCCCUGUCGCGCCCGCCAAGGCGGUUCCCAUUGCUUUGGAGAGGGCUGGCAUUACCAAGGACCAAGUCUCUGUCUGGGAGUUUAACGAGGCCUUUGCCGCCGUCAUCAGGGCAAAUUCAAGCUCCGGCUCGCGAAUCCUCACCACCCUUCUUCACCAGCUCCAGCCUGGCCAGUAUGGCGUUGCAGCAAUCUGCAACGGAGGUGGGGCUGCGACGGCGGUUGUUGUACAAAGGGUGGCGUCUGUCGAAUAA